AUGCUGUUAUCUCGGGAGAAGGCAGCGAUAUCACAGUCCCCGGUUAAUCGAGUGACCCCGGCGGAACGAGCCGAGCCACAGGAAAAGCCGAUAAUCGAAGGGUUCUUCAGCAAGCGCGAUUAUACUGGAGCACUUACGCUAAUUGAGUUUGAACUCAGAUCGAAGAAGCCAUCACAUGAUCAUACGACGCUGCUCAAAUGGAAGGCGCUAACCUGCGUGAGGAUUGGUAACUUUGAGGAGGCAAUGAGGACAUAUGAAAGUAUACUUGAAAAUAAUGACAGCGACCCAAGCGUUUACUGCUACUUAUCAAUAUGCUACUUCUUCCUCGGAAUGUAUCAAAAAGGCGACGAAACGAUUCAACGCGCUCCCCACUCAAGCCUCCAAAAUCGAGUGCAAUUCCAAUUAGCCCAAAAGCAGGGUGAUGAGUCGCGACUUAUGCAGCACCACAGGGCAUUGGAAUAUGACUGCAGCGAAGAUCAGCUGGCCUUGGCCUCGAUGCAUUAUCUCAGAUCGCACUUUCAAGAAGCAGCCGAUAUAUAUAAAACGCUCUAUAAAAAUAACCGGAAAUUCCUCGCCCUAAAUGUCUACAUCGCCAUGUGCUACUACAAACUUGACUACUACGACGUCUCCGACGAAGUGCUCGCGGCCUACUUAGCCGAACACCCCGACAGUCCAAUCGCACUCAAUUUAAAAGCUUGCAACCACUUUCGUCAGUACGACGGGCGCGAGGCACUCAAAGAACUCAGAAAUAUCAAGUCCCUCGAUGGCGGCAUCGGAGCACUAGUGAAGCAUAAUCAAGUCGUCUUUCAGAACGGAGAGGGGGCACUGCAAGUUUUCCCACCGCUUGUUGGUGUGCUCCCAGAAGCGAGACUCAACUUAUCUAUUUACUAUCUCAAGAAUGGAGAUGUAGAAGAAGCCCACAAUCUCAUGAAGGAUGUUGAGCCCGCUCUGCCUCCAGAACACAUCAUCAAGGGCGUUACACAUUUGAUGAUGGCAGAUAUAGACGGAAACAAAGAAAAUGUAAAACAAGCUCAACUUUAUUUUCAAGCCGUCGGCCAAUCCUCGACUGAAAUGGACACGAUUCCUGGCCGGCAAUGUAUGGCUAGCUGCUACUUUUUAUCGAAGCAGUGGGAUGAUGUUUUGCUUUAUCUCAGCUCUAUAAAGGCAUAUUUUACGAAUGACGACACGUUCAAUUUCAACUACGGCCAGGCGUUGGCCCAGCGGCGCAAAUGGGAAGAAGCAGAAGAGGUCUUUCUCCUAGUCAGAUCUGAGAAGAUACAGAACGAGUUUGCGUACAUCUCCUGGCUCACCAAAUGCUUCAUUAUGAACGGAAAGCCCUCUCAAGCCUGGGAGAAUUACCUCAAAACCGACUCCAACAGCGGAACGUUUACGAUCUUGUCGAUGAUCGCGUCGGAUUGUUACCGAACUGGGCAGUUCUAUUACGCGGCAAAAGCGUAUGAUGUUCUUGAAAGACUUGAUCCUUCUCCUGAAUACUGGGAAGGAAAACGAGGCGCUUGUAUUGGCUGGUUCCAACGAAUCAUUGCAGAAAAAGAGCCCCGUGACUCGCUCACAGAUCUGAUCCUGAUGCUGAGAAACACGAACAACCGCGAGGUCGACUAUCUCGUCAUGACGAUGAACAACUGGGCCAAGGAAAACGGAGCCAAUCUUGACUACUAA